AUGCCUGAGCCAAUUGCUGGUGAUAGACAAGAAGCUGAAUUAAUACAGCAUAUUUUCUAUGGUAAAUUGGAUAAUUUACCGGGCCUUGCAUCAAAAAUUGUACGUAUUUUUACUUCAUCAACAUUUACAGAUACAAGUAUGGAACGUAAUUCUCUCAUGCAACAUACAUAUCCACAACUAAAAGAAUAUUGUCGUGAAAAACAUGGUUUAGAAUUUCAAGUAGUUGAUAUGCGUUGGGGUGUACGUGAUGAAGCAACUGAUGAUCAUAAAACAACAGAAUUAUGUAUGCAAGAAAUUGAUAAUUGUCAACGAGUUUCCGUUGGACCAAAUUUUGUGGUAUUUCUUGGUCAAAAAUAUGGUUAUCGACCAUUGCCAACAAAAGUUGAAGAUGCUGAAUUUCAAAUGAUUUUAUCUGUAUCAAGUAAAGAGGAUGCUAGAUUACUUAAUCAAUGGUAUAAACUUGAUUCAAAUAAUAUUCCAAAUUUAUUUUGUUUACAACCAGUUAGUUCAAUAUUUACUAAUUUUACUAAUAAAGCACAUCCUCGUCUUAUGGAAGAAGAUCAAAGUCAAUGGUGGGAAACAAUGGGUAAACUUAAUCGUGCAGUACGUGUUGCUGCCUUGGAACUUUUUAAAGACGGUCGAUUUACAGCAUUUGAUAAUCAUCGAUAUAAUUGGUCAGUUACUGAACAAGAAGUUGUUCGAGGAAUAUUAAAUGCUAAAGAUGUAUUAGAUCAUACAUUAGCUUUUUUUCGUCAUAUUGAAAAUAUAAAUAUUUCAUUGUUACGUCAUUCAAUGAAAUUUAUUGAUAUUGCAGCCAAACAAAUUGAUGAAGAAGCUCAACGUAUGUUAUCUGAUUUACGUGAUGUUCGUGUACCAGCAACAUUACCUGCAUCAAGUAUUAUUCGAUAUACAGUACCAUGGUCAGAUGACGAUGGUUUAAAUAGAACUGUUCAUGCUGAUUAUUUACAAAAUUUUAUUGAUACAUUUUAUAAACGAAUUGUUGAACUAAUUGAUCGUGGUGUCGGACAACAAAAGAGUUUAUCAGCAAAUCGUGUCUAUACUGAAAUUCUUCAACAACUUCAUGUUGUUAAUAAUUUUAGUCAAGAUUUUCAAGGACGUGCAGAUAUUCUUGAGCGUGUACGUAAUUAUAUUCAAGGUUCUUCAAAACAACCCGUAGUUUUAUGGGGUGAAGGUGGUUGUGGUAAAUCAAGUAUGUUAGCUAAGAUAGCAUCAGAAUCAACAUCUUGGUUUCCAUCAAAAACAUGUACACCAAUAAGACUUGUUCGUUUUCUUGGUACAACACCAGAUAGUUCAUCAAUUGGUCCAUUAUUACGUAGUGUUUGUCAACAAUUAAGUUUAUUAUAUCAAGUACCAGAUAAUACAAUACCCGUUGAAUUAUCUGCAUUAACAAAUCAUUUUAAACGUUUAUUAGAAAAAGCAACAGCAGAUAAACCAUUAUGUAUGUUCUUUGAUUCGCUAGAUCAAUUAUCAUCAGCUGAUGGUGCACAUUCAAUGUCUUGGUUACCACCAACACUUCCAAAUCAUGUUAAACUUGUUAUUUCAACAUUACCUGGAAUAUUUAAUAUAUUAAAUACACUUCGAAAUAUAAUUGAUAGUCGAGAAAAUUUUAUACAAAUAAAACCAUUAGGUGAAGAAUUAGGCAAAAUUGUGUUAAAAGCUUGGUUAGCUCGACAACAUCGAACAAUAUCUGAUGUGCAAUGGUUAUUAGUUCAUGAAAGACUUACUGAAUGUAAUACUCCAUUAUAUGUUAAAUUAGUAUUUGAUGAAAUUAAAUUAUGGAAAUCUUAUACACAAACACAAGAAAAAGAUUUAGCUACAACAGUAUCAACAUCAAUUAGUAAAUUAUUAGCUCGAAUUGAAAAUCAACAUGGACAUAUUUUAGUUGAACAUGCUUUAUCAUAUAUAACAGCAUCAAAAUCAGGUUUAAGUGAAGCUGAAUUAGAAGAUUUAAUAUCACUUGAUGAAACAGUUUUAAAUGAUGUUUAUCAAUAUCAUUUACCACCUAUUCGACGUAUACCACCAUUAUUAUGGACACGUAUAAGAAAUGAUUUACCGAAUUAUUUAGUUGAACGAGAAGCAGAAGGUGUUAGUGUUGUUAGUUGGUAUCAUCGACAAUUUGCAGAAGUUUCCAAUGAACGUUAUUUAUCAAAAGAAGAUGAACGUCGAACGUAUCAUUCUCAAAUGGCUGAUUAUUUUCUUGGUAUAUGGGCUGGUUGUCCUAAACCAUUUCAAUUUACUGAUAAUCAAAAACGUAUGUUUAACCUAACAUCAACUGAUGGUGAAGCUGAUCGUAAAGUUCCAGCACAACCACUUAUAUUUACAAUAAAUAAUGUUGCAGCAGAGACAACAACUGUUCGUUAUAAUUUACGUAAAUUAAGUGAAUUACCAUAUCAAUUAAUACGUGCACAUCGUGUAGAUGAUUUAUAUACUCAUGUAUUAUUUAAUUAUGAUUUUAUGCUUGCAAAGUUAUCAUGUAUGCCUUUAAAUUUAUGUAUUUUUGAUUAUGAAAGUUCAUUUGAAUAUGUUUUUGACAAAGAAGUUAAAUUAAUGAGUGAUGCACUUCGAUUAUCAAGUUCAGUGUUAGCUUCUGAUCCAACUAAUUUAGCAUGUCAAAUUAUUGGUCGUUUAUUACCAUUUUAUACAACAUGUCGUAAAAUAGCUUCAUUUAUUGAUCAGUGUGAAAGUACUGGUUUACAACAUAUGGGUCUUGUACCUGCUUUUAAUAAUUUAGCAUCACCCGGUGGUCCACUUGUUUAUUCAUUAGAAGCUCAUCAAUUUGCUGUUUAUGGUCUUGAAGUUGUUUCAUCUGGUCAACAUCUUCUUACUGUAUCAAAUAAAUUUAUUGUUUUUGAUUUAUCAAGUGGCGAUAUUGUACGAAUAAUUGAUCCAAAAAUCGAAGGUAUUAUGACAUUUUUAGCUGUUGCACCUGAUCAACGUUAUUGUGUAACAACAACUAUAAGUAAUCAAUAUAUAAUAUGUAAUUUAUUAACUGGUGAAUUUAUUUUACGUAAUUUUCAACCACCUACAAAUAAUCAACAACAAGCAGGAGCCAGCAUAAAUAAACCUGCUAAUAAACCAAAUGCUGGAACACCUGCUGAUCCUUUACUUGGUGCAGCUGUUAGCAAUACUUUUUUUGCAUUGUGGACUGCAAAAAUGUAUCAAGUAUAUACGAAUAAAGGUGAAUUACUUACAACUCAAUCUACGCGUUAUCAAAUUAUUCAAAUUGAAGUAUUAGAAGGACCAGAAGUCGAAAUAGUUUGUCGUUCUGAAGAUGUUAAGGAUGAUCAAGAUGUAGCGCGUGAUCGUAUGACAAUAGAUUAUUGUUUUGUUCCAAAUACUAAUCAACAAACAGAGACAAAUGAUAAUAAUCCACCACGUUGUUUAACUGGUGGUAGAAAAAAUAUUCAUAGUGCACUUGUAUUAACACGUGAUAAACGACGUAUGUAUACAUGUUGUGAAAUAAAUGAUAAUAAUGUUGAAAUGUAUCUUAACAAACCACAUCCAACUAAUUAUGCAACUGAACGUGUAUGGGCAUUUGAUCAUCAAUUAUAUGAAAAUAAAGAUCGUGUAUUUUCAUUUAUUUUAAGUAAUGAUGAAAAUUAUCUUAUGGCAGUUACAUUUAAAGGUUUUAAAAUAUUUUCAUUUCGAUCAUAUCUAUGGAAAACAUGUUUAUUACCUGGUAGUGUACGUAAUAUAAUGAGUGGUACAAAACGUUUAGCAUAUACUGCUGCAUUUUCUCAUGAUAAUCGUUAUUGUAUAGCAUGUGUUAAAUCUAGUGUAUAUAUGUUUGAAAUUGAAUGGGGAGAAUUAGUUGCAUCAUUUGAUUCACAUUUUGGUCGUAUACUUGUUUUAAAAUGUUUAUCAACAGCUAGUGGAGGAAAUAAUUAUAUUAUAACAACGGGUAUGGAUAAAACAACAAAAGUAUGGAAUUUACAAAAUGCAAAAGAAAAAUCUAUAACAAUAGCACAAUUAGAUAAAAUUAUUGAAAUGAUGCAUAUUUCAACAGAUACACAAAUUAUAUUGGCACAAUCACGUACACAAUUAUGUAUAUUUGAUAUGAAAACUGGUUCUAUAUUAGGACAAUUAUCUGCUAAUAAAAAUGGAUCAAUUUAUCAAUGUACAGCUAUGUGUUCAAAUGGUUUAUUUGCAGUAUCAGCUGAAUCCGGUAAUCUUGUCUUAUGGGAUAUUGAAGAGCGAAAACCAAGUUUUGUAACACCGUUAAGAAAUAUUUUUCAACUUCUUCUUCAUUCAGCUGAAACAAUGGUUUUAGUUUUAACUUGUGAAGCAGCUGUAGCACCUGUUCCAAGUGCAUCCGGUAAUACUCCUUCAAGUAAUGUUCCACUUGGUCAAAAUAUUCUAGCAGUUUCAUAUGCAAUACCUGAUGGUGAUGUUAUCUAUGAAAUAAUAACCAAUAUAAAACGUAUGCAUCAUCCAAAAAAAGUUGUAUGUACAGCCGAUGAUAUGUAUCUUGUUAUUAUUGAAGAGAAAAAGAAUACGGAAGUUCUUGGACUCUAUGAUCCAAUGACUGGUGAACAUGUAUAUAAUGUUAAAUUAAAUUAUCCAUCCUAUAGAGAUAUUAUUUCAAUGGUUACAAUACCAAAACAACCAUAUCUUGUUGGUUUAAUAGAUUCGGAAAAAGGUGUUGUUAUGAAUCUUCGAGAUAAAAAGGUUCAUAUAACAUUACCAAAAUGGGGUGGUCAAAUAUCUAGUGAUGGAAAAUAUGGUUUAUAUGCUCCAACUCGUGGUGGUUUAGAAAUGUUUGAAUUUCGAAAUGGAAAAGUUGCUAAAACAUUAAUUGGCAAAGUAGCUGAAGGUGUAUUUGAUGUGUUAACAUUUUUUACUCCAACUAAUAAUCAUGUUAUAUAUUAUAAUAAAGGUAAACGUACUAUACGUGUAUUUCGUACAGUAGAUGGUCGACAAAUUGCUGAUAUGAAAUGUCCAGCAAAAGUUCGACAAGCUAUUGCAACCCAAGAUGGACGAGCUUUAGUUGUUGGAUAUGAAGAUGGAGCUGUACAAGUAUUUUUAAUUAUUGAUCAUCUCGAACCAUCAACUAUUGAUUAUUUAAAAAGUUGGAGAAAACGUCAAUAUGGAUCACAAAUAGAAGCUUUGCAACGAGAAUUAACUGAAAAACAAGGUGAAAUAACAACAACGACAUAA